CAGAAAGAACAGUAAAAAUGCAGGUAGGGCACAAAACAAAGCACUAGGGACAAAAUGACAAGGUAAGUGUAAAUUACAUUUUUUAAAAUUUUCAAAUUUCCCGCCGGCGGCGCCCGUACGUCCCGACGUCACAGGGACCGGAACACAGAAGCCGGAUGCCGGCCGGAGGAGAUGGGCGCGGACGCUGCAGGGGACACAACGUGGGAGCGAAGGACAAGGUAAGCUCUGCAGGGACUCCCUUUGCAGCGCCGCAUGGUAAACCCCACUGUAGCUUGGGGUUACCGCUUUUGGUACAGACA